CUUUGUGAUGUCGACGGAAAGGACCCGCAGCCAGACAUGGAACUGCUCGACAUGUUGUCCCAUUUGCGAUAGCGCAACCCAAUUCCAGUACCACCACACAUCCGACACUAUCCCAGAUGCCACGAUGUCGGGAAAAGACAAGACAAAGACUUUUACCCAUUUGUUAAAUCCCGCCGUCCGACUGGACGAUGGAGAAUGGAAUUUCCGUGUGCCCGGUCUUCCAGGGCCGCAGGAGCUCAAUCGCCGAGAGCUGGUCAAGAAAAUCGCCCUCCGCACUAACAUGAAGAAAUGGAGACAUGAAAUACUCCUUGUAUUAGAGCACAUCGAGCGGAAUCGGGCCAUCGGCGGAGAUCCACUCGACCGCUUUCUCAUAAUCUCGUUCGAAGACUUCCGCCCCCUCAAGCAACCAGAUGGCAGCUCAGCCCAGAGCGCCACAAACGCCCUCCAGCCAGCGACCUGGAGAGACUGCACCGACUACGCUGUCCGACUCCUCAGGACCGGGAUCUCGCUCGGGGGAGUCAGAUACCACUUCUACGGCCACAGCAACAGCCAGCUUAAGUCGCGCACAUGCUUCCUCUAUGCCGCCUCGAAGGAAGAAAUCUCGCGGAAGGUGGAGGCUCUCGGUGACUUCGCCAAGAUGAAGACGGUCGGCAAGAAGGCGAAACGCAUCGGCUUGCUCUUCUCGGUUGCUCGGACGGCCACCACCGUGUCUCCUAGUAGGUGCGAGGAUAUCCCGGACAUCGAGACGUCCGACUAUGUCUUCACCGACGGCUGUGGCUUGAUCGCGCCUGUGCUUGCCAGAGAACUGGCGCGGAAGGUUCGCAUCGUCUUUCGAGACAGACGGUACACGCCUUCUGUGUUUCAGAUCAGAUACCGUGGAUACAAGGGAGUGGUGACUGUGGAUCUGCGGAUGGGGGGCGGCAAUACUCUUCUGAAGAUGAGGAAGUCGAUGAAGAAGUUCAGUGGCGUCGAGGACCACUCCUUUGCUGUCGUGGAGUACUCUAAGCCCUACACCUACGGAUUUCUCAAUGAUGAAGGAAUCGUCCUCCUCGAAGCCCUCGGCAUACCCCGUUCAACUCUAUUGCGAAAGCAGAACGAGCACUUCCAACUUCUCACCAAUGCCAAGACCGACUUUCGAGACGCCUUUCGCUUCCUCUCGUACAUCAACAGGCCCGACCUCGCCGAGAAGGUGCUCAUGGACGGCGUCGAGUCUGUGCGGCCUCAGAUCAACAGGUUGAUCAAUGCUGAGCAUGGCAAGAUGCUGAACAAGCGGGAAGAGCAGAAGUGCCGCAUAUUUGUCCCGCAGUCACGGCUGCUCUUUGGGGUUUGUGACGCCUGGAAUGUCCUGAAAGAGGGGGAGUGUGCUGUGAAGGUCACCAUGGAAGGCGACGGGCAGCCGUAUGCCCUCAAAGGUACCGAAGUCUCCGUGAUCCGCAAUCCCUGCCUUCACCCAGGAGACUGGCAGAAGUUCAGGGUUGUUGAGAAACCCGAGCUGGCGCACCUGGUAGACUGUGUGGUUUUCUCAACCCAGGGGAGGAGGCCUGCUGCAGAUAUGAUGUCAGGCGGUGAUCUCGAUGGCGAUCAGUUUUUCGUGUGUUGGGACAAAGAUUUGAUACCUUCGACGCUCUCUCAACCAGCCCUCUAUCCCGGAGCCCGAGAACCUCUUCGAUUCAAGCCCAUCACAGACGACGAUCGUCUUGUGUACUUUGCCAAAUAUUCGAACGCCUCCCUCGGCCAGGUCAAGAAUCUCUAUCUAGACUGGGCUCGCGCAUCCGGACCGAUGAGCCCACAAUGCCAGGAGCUGAAUCGACUGUUUUCGCAAUGUGUAGAUGGCAACCGUAUCAGGGUCCCCGAAAAGCUCAAAGACACGCCGAAAGUGGCUCCUGACGCCCCCGCCUUCGUCCUUGACGAACUCCACGAUAGAGCUAAGGAGUCAAUACAGAGCAGCGACACGAGUCAGAAGGACUGGGACGGAUACGAGUUCGAUGCCGUGGACCUCCUCUUGGCUCGUGACGAUAUCGCAAUGACAGAGUUUGAGUUCAUUCACCUGGCCCAUCGGUGGUGUCGGAGAAACAGCGUUUCCUUCGAAGGAAUGCUUCACCUCUUCGACUUCAACGUGCUGACGGCCGAGGAGAAGGGCUGGGUGCUUGGACAGCUCCCUGUGUCUGCCGAGACGCCGAGCUUGGUUUUGAACGCUCUCUGCUCAUCUAACCUCCUCGACAAGAGCGAACUGAGGCAGUUCCAGCUAGAUCAUACAGGGAUACGGUGGAAGUGCGUCUACGACUCAUCGCGAGAUCGACUUGCCACCUUUUUAGAUGCGGCAGCUAGGAACCUGGAGAUAUUCCACCGCAAGCUCAUUGUGUUUCGGCCGGAUGAGCGGUUGACAUUGGCGUUAUAUGUGCCGCAGAAGAUUGAGCGCGCCCGAGACUGUCUUGUCGAUGACUCGGCGCGGCUAUUUGCCUUCCCUCACUCUCAGGGAAGCGAACGUCAGAGCCGUCUAUCACUGCCAACAAAAAUGACAUAUCGCUUGUAUUGCGACGAGAAUGUCUUCCAGCUUUUCGAGAACCAGCGGGCAAACUCGUGGGUCUUCCUUGCGCGCCCCGGGUCCAACGACAGCGAAUACCGCAAUACAGUCGACGCCGGGGACCGCAGAAGGCAGCGACAGUCCACCAUUGACAGCGGUGUCAACUUCGACGUACGGGCUAGUAUUGCGCUCGACAAAUUCAGCAGAGGCCUCCAGAGACAUAUUGGUAGGGUGAAUAGAAAUGAAGUUACUGCCGCGGAAAUCUAUGUCAUCAGCAACAGAGACGUCAAGUCAAUGCAAAACCUUGAUCUUUGGCUCGAAUAUGUCGAAACAGGACAGAGACUUCCUCUGUUCCAGCAAGAAGCGAAGGAGUACUCCAUCGCCAAGGCGAAGGAUAUAAUAUCAUCGUCCAGUCCUCAAUAUAUCGUCCAAGUCGUGGAACACCAAAACAUCUCGGUUCUUGGGGACUUGGAAGUCAGCGAGUACCUCACGGUAUUUUCCUCGCUUCUGGAAGCAGACAAUAAAGCAUUCUUGCUAAAAUGCUUCGACCACUUGCUGGGGAAUAUGCAACUCGUUCGAGUAGAUCCUAGCUUGCUACUCCAGGCCAUGAUCGAUUUCUUGGGCAAGGCCCCCUUUCUGGCUAUGAGUUUUGGCCGCUGCUCGCAGUUGGACACAUUUUCUGAAGACUUGGCCGAGCUGGUAGAGGUGGCUGCUCGGCCCAUUCUACGUGCAUUUGUCCUUUCGGCAAACGAGGCCGAGGACUUCGUCGUGGCUCCGUUCAGGUCAAUGCUGGCAAAGGUUCCAAGCGGGACGCUGUCGCUGCAAGAUAUUGCAGAGCUCGUCGAGCUCGUAUCUCUGACAGUACGCUCGCCAGAAGUGGCUCUGGACCUCCUGUUGGGAUCUCUCGAGCCCGAAAGCUCCCGUGUUCUGUCGGGCCAGCCAGAGGUCAUCAGCCACUGCGUCAAGAACUUGAUCGCAAUUGCUCUGGACCAUAUCGGAGAAGCUACAGAGCAAGCUAAGAAGAGGAAAGAUCUUUUUGAGCUGAGGCUGCUACCAGACGACGACGAUGGAUGUCCAGUUGUUGAAGUGUCUUUUCGAAUCGAUGCGCCCGGUGGAACCCCAGAAAAUUCGGCCCAUGUCCGUCUGACUGCAGCUACCUUGCCAACGAACGUCUUGGUUGGGAAGAAGUAUUCCCUUGACGCGCUGGUUACGCAUUCACAGCAAGGCCUCGCAAGAUUCCGGUGUCUCCACCCGCUGCCGGCAUUCUUCAACAAGUGCUCGUGGAAUAUGGAAACUUGCGGUCCCUUCGUGACGACCAAGACGACGUUUGAUGCCGUGCGCACGCUUGCUACGCAACUUGAGCACUGCUGUCAGGUUGCGGGACCGAUACUUGGAUUGCCACUGCUUGGACUCCAAGCGGACCUGGGCUCUAGGCUUGAAUGGCAACCGGUCAAGAAGCUGAAUGCCAGCCAGAACGCGGCUGUCGAAGCAGCUCUUCGGAAUCCUUUGAUUUGUCUCUGGGGCCCUCCUGGGACCGGAAAGACCGAAACCAUCGUGGAGAUGAUCUGCGCUCUUCAAGAGACUUACGAGGAUGCAAGAAUACUAGUGUCGGCUCCCACUCACAAUGCUGUCGACAACGCGAUGCGACGAUACACGGGUCGUCUUCAGAAACAGCCGCUUCGGGGAAGACAGAAACCAUCUCCUCUGCGAGUGUCUACAGAUGUUCGCAAAGUGGCGGAAGAUCUUCGCAGUUACACGUGCGAUGCGAUGGCCGGGCAGGAGGUCUACUCGGACUACAGAGCUAUGAACCAGGCAAAGAAGAAGAUCACGGAAUGCGGCAUCAUAUUCACAACAUGCAUCGGCGCGGGGCUCGGCCUUCUCCGCUCCGAGGAAUUCGAGAUCGUCAUCGUCGACGAGGCCUCCCAGCAGUCGGAACCCGCGUCCCUGGUUCCAUUGGUCAAAGGAUGUGCAAGGGCAAUUUUGGUCGGUGACCACGUCCAGCUCCGGCCCACCGUCCAACAGCAUGCUCUUCUCGUUGACUUUGACGUUUCGCUCUUCGAGAGGCUGUACACCAAUAGACCGGCAAAUUCGCCUGGGUCCGACGACGAUCCCGGCUCCGACUCCACGGGAAUCCGUAGGCUCAUGCUGGAUACACAGUAUCGAAUGCACCCGCAGAUCUGCAAUUUCAGCUCCAAAGAGUUCUACGAGGGCAGACUGAAAACCGGAAUCACGCCAGAUUCCCGGCCCCUCUUUGCUUCCGCGUUUCCCUGGCCCCUGGCAGUGCCGCUCGAGAAGGACAGCUCAACCCUGGUCGGACACCGGCAAAGGACCAUAUUCAUUGAAUGUGCCGCAAAAGAGAAGCCGGGACAGAAAUCCAAGGAGAACGAAGGACAGGCAGCUCUAUGUGCUCACGUCUGCAAGCUCCUGACCUCGCCGGCGCAAACAGGGAGCGCAUCUGGACUUCAGCAACCCCCGUCAGUUGAGAUGCAGCGCAUUGCGGUUCUCACACCUUACACACGUGAGGCUGAUCUAUUGAGACGACUUGUGUCGGGCCUAUCUGAUAAGGCCGAAGUCUCCAGUAUUGACGGGUUUCAGGGGCGCGAGGCUGACAUUGUGGUGUUUGUGACGGUACGGUGCAACGAGCAUCGAGAAAUUGGCUUCUUGAAGGAUCUACGGAGGAUGAACGUCGCCCUGACCCGUGCAAAGGCUGGGUUGAUUAUCAUUGGUAACCGGGCGACCUUGACAGAGGGGACAUCUGACCCUGAGAGUGCAGCGAUGUGGAAGAGGCUUCUGGAUAGUCUGACAUCGGUGACGAUUGAGGUACCGGAACUAUAG